AUGCCGAGAGGGUAUGUGCCCAUGCGGCUCGCUGGCGACGGCGGCGAGGAGGACGAGCAUGAGACUGUCCUGGUGCCGGUGGCGCUGCUCAGGGAGCCCCGCAUGGUGGAGCUGCUGGAGAUGGCCGAGCGGCAGUACGGGUACGGCCAGCCCGGCGUGCUGCGGAUCCCCUGUGACGCCCGGUGCUUCGAGCAGCUCAUGGGUCUGGAGUGCAUGGCCAGGUAG